UCGACCGACUACCUUAGACUAGUACCUUGACAAUCUUGCGUGUCAUAAGUAAAAUAAGAUGACUGCGGUUGACGUUUUUGUUGGAAAUUACACUUUGAUUGACUCUGAAUUGUUUGGUUUAUGGUUAAAUGGAUAUAGUGCUCAAGAUGCAGCUCUUUUUCUUCAAAAAAGUGGUGUCCUGCAGAAGGCGGACGUUUCCAUGGAGAUAGUUUACAGUGACAUCCAGGACCAAUACAGGCUGUUCUUUGGUUUAGAGAAACUGUUACAGUCCCCACCAAAGUUAAUAGACCAACAGAUAUAUCAAAUGGACACAGACAUGCAAAGACAAGUUAUCGAGAGGUACUACCAGUUUGAUUCAGUGGUGGUAAGAGAAAUACUAGGACGGAAACUAUCAUCUAGAAACAGAAAGGACAUGGAUGAUGUCAGCGAGAAAACCAGGAUCCCAAUUCGCAGCUGUAGGAGGCAGUUUGACAACUUAAAACGGGUCUUUAAAACUGUGGAAGAGAUGAUGGGGUCCUUGGUGGAAAAUAUCAAAACUCACUAUCUUCUCUCAGAGGACCUAGCCAGGCAAUAUGCAGCCAUUGUGUUCAUAGCAAACAACAGAUUUGAAACAGGAAAGAAAAAACUGAGUCACUUGUCGUUCGAGGAUUUUGUUUUUUGUGCCAAUCAGAUGAUCACCAACUGGUCGUACAGUUCCGUCGAGUGCACGGUACAUGCAGAUAUGGACGUCGAUUUAGAUCGGGGAUUUCUCCAUGAUCUGAGAGAACUUAAAAUGAUAUCAGAGAAAGAGGUUCUGGAUGAACACAAAGGGCAAGUUAUCAGUCAUUUAAAGCCAUCGUUGACAAAGAAAUCACGACAAGUGCUCGAGGAAUCCUUCAAGAAUAACUCUAAAGCCAUAAUAAACAUUGCCUGUGGUCUCAAUCAUAGCAAAGAUGUCCGAGACAUUUUUGUGGAUUUAGUAGAGAAGGUGACGGAGCCCUGUAUGUCAGCAGGGCUGUCUGGAUCAGACAUGGAGGCUUUCCUCAACGCCUACAAAGACACGAUCGUCAGAAUGGAUGUGUUCAGACUUCAGCCUCACAUGCUUGCUGUGUGGGACAGGUACAUGAAGACACUCAAACUCUGUGUCCUACAGAUCUACCACACCUGAGAUAGAACAUUCACCUGUAAUUCAGGUAAACACUCUGUGAUGAACUGAAAGUGAUGAUUGCAAAAAAUGUGACCUGAAAUAUGUGGAGUUUGAUAAGUACAUGACAAAGUGUUCAUAAGAAGUUGUCAAACUCUGGAAUAAAGUGGCUAUUGAUCCAUCGCUGUUGAAAGGAUACGCAUGUAUGAAGGCAGACAAAAUAUCAUCGUCGGAUGACAAAAUAUAUACAGAAACAAACCUCGUUAGCAAGCUUUAUUCUAUUACAAAGACUGUUUGAUAUACAUGUACAAGAUUGAUGUAACAAUAAAGAAUCAAAGCUCA